AUGUUACCAAACAAAAGCCAAGCUCGUACAAGUCGUAUCGAUGAUAUAUCAUCGGAUUAUUCUCAACGUCGUGCACAUUUUUUAACUGGAUUAAUCAAUGAAACAACAUCUCGUAAUGGACAAAUUGAAAAUGGUUCAUAUGGUGUUACAACAGCAAAAGCUCCAUCUGAUACUAAUGGAAAUGAUACAAAAAAACGUUCACGUUCAUUUGCACGUCCAACAAUUCGAUCAGCUGUACCAAAUUCACAAUUAAUAACAAUUAUUAAACGACCAUCACAAUCGAAACAUGCUGGUCAAAAAGUUGAACUUUAUACGAAUCAUUUUCGAAUAAAUUUUUCCAAACAAACAAAUGAAUUAAUAUUAUAUCAAUUUGAUUUUAAAUUAUUCGUACGAGAUGGUUUAUGGCGUUCAUGUCGAAAAGACGAACGUUUACAAGUUCUUAAAAAAAUUCUUGAACAAGAACAUUUUCCACUUGUGUGGUAUGAUGAAGGAAAAAAUUUAUAUUCAAUUGAAAAUUUAAUAUUAAAUUAUGAACAAGCAUAUCAAUGUGAAAUUAAACAUGAACCAACAGGACGAACAAAUAAAUUUCUCUUUAAUUACAAAUCUUGUUAA